GCCCAGCUAACCUGUCCUAUGCGUUUAUCCUAUACGUUUACUUCCGGUGUGAGGGUCGUUAUGAAGUAGGCGGUUACAGUAAGGACAGCGCUGUACUGUACUGUAAAAUGGACGUAAACGUCAGGAGAGUCGUCAUAGCUACGUAAGAGCUCGAGACAGCAAGCUGUAUUCCGACGGGAGAAAAUAUUCUUAGGGUGCGCGUGCAGCUGGAAAAACGGUUGUCCUGCGUAAAACGACAUGAUUGAAAGAUGCCAUAAUUUGGGAGACUUUUUAACCGAUUUUAAUCGCCGGGCUUUUCGGAGAAGCUUGUUAAUAAAUUCGUUCUUUGGAUGUUCCGUGGAUUUUGGCUCGAGAGUGUAACGGUGUUAACGGGACGCCUUUGGCUUCACUGCACGCGCACCGCGAGGUGGUCCGUUAGAGGCUUCUCUCCCCGCACCCCUCUGUCCGCCCGUGCCCCGUACGGCUGAGCGCGCGCGCGCGUGCGAUGUUGCCGUGUUUGCGCAGAGUUCUGCGGCCGGCUCUCGCGUUCCGAUCGCUCGUGCCCGUUUCUAACCUGGGUACGCACGCGCGCAAUGAGCCCGUGGAGCCGCUAAACUCGCCGCAGGGUGCGCGAGACUUCAUCUACGGCCUCCAUCCUUCUGAGCGCUCGUGCCUUCUGCGGGAACUGCACCGGUUCGAGUCCAUGGCCAUUGCACAGGAACAAAUGGAGAUGGCGCCACCGACCACCGCUCAGCUGAGAUACGUUCUAUUCCACAACGCCAUUCCCUUCAUCGGCUUUGGCUUCCUGGACAACGCCAUCAUGAUCGUUGCAGGCACUCAGAUCGAGUUGUCUAUAGGAGUGAUCCUGGGCAUCUCCACCAUGGCAGCUGCUGCUCUCGGGAACCUGGUGUCUGAUCUGGCUGGACUCGGUCUUGCAGGUUAUGUGGAAGCUCUGGCCUAUCGUCUUGGCAUGCAGAUUCCAGAUCUGAGUCCUAAACAAGUCGACAUGUGGCAGACUCGAGUCAGCUCUCACAUGGGCAAAGCCAUCGGAGUGGGAAUCGGCUGCAUCCUGGGAAUGUUUCCUCUCCUUUUCUUCAAAGACGACGAGCAAAAGAAGGCUGAAGGGGCUGACGACCCCCCUCCUCCUCCUGACUCCGCCUCCAAGAGCGCGUGACGGAGAACGGAGCUCCGCCUAGCCGAUGCCCUGUAAAUGACACCGACGGAUCAACCUGGAGUCGAGCUACAGACAGCAGCAGAUUUUCAUCGACAUGUAUGCGCAUGGUUUUCUUUCACAGCGUCAUUGUGCUGAAAUGUUUCAGUCAUCCAGUCAAGUUCCUGAGAAACGAGAGCAUGAAGAGAACCUUCAACCAUUUCAGCUGCUUUUAUUUUUUUGUUUCAGUUUAGUUGUUUUUUUUUUGUUUAUAGAAAUCCAUCAACAAUCCUGACUUUGUGAUCCUUUUUCAGUGUGUUAAAAUAAGCAACAGCGCUAAUUUGGCUAAUGAGCGUUUCAGAAGUUAACAUGAGUGCUUUUUAAUUUUUAUUUUCUCGCCAAUUCAAAGAAAUUCUCACUGAGCACAAAGGCUGAACAUUUAUCAGAUGACUGUUGUGGUCAUGUCCAAGACGUCAGACAUAAAUCCGACCAAAGAAAAAAAGUUUAUUCAACUCUAAGGCGACGUGAAACACAACCCGCGACACAAGUUUUUUUUUCUUCAUUAGCGUGAGGUUUGGGACUGGGAGAGGGGAAAGACGUAAAGUUCUUAGUUAUUUAUUUCCAUUUUUCCGUAUUUGCACGUUGCAUGAUGAUGUGAUCUAGAAAGCAGAAAAAUGUUUAAAAGCCAGAGUUUUGUAAAGUGUAUUGUGUUCUGAUGGAAUUUUGAGGGGGAAAAAAAGAAACUUUUGUAUUUUAAGCGACUAACAAGAUUUAACACUUGAAUAUUUAAACGAAAUGAGUUUGGUUUUUAGGCUUUCUUUUAUUUAUUUAUUUUUUAUUAACAGCAUUAAGGGUUUACAUUAUUAUUAUUGAAAUAUUUAAACUGAAAUCACAGAUUUCAUAAGAUCACGCUAGCCCUCGAUUUGAAGUAUUUAACGUGCGACUUUUUAGCCGCUUCCUCCAGCUCACAUCAUUAAAACAGAAAUGUUUUGGCCAUGUGAUGGAUCAAAAUCAUCUCAGCUUCUAUUAAACUGUGAAGAAUUUCAUUUUUGCUCACAUUCUGAGGGAUUGAAGUGAAGCUGAAUCCUUCAAUAAAAUUGAGGACGUUUUCUUCCUAUAAAUACUGGAUCACAUGAAGUCUGUAAUUCUACUGAAUCGGGACUUUAUUGAUUCAUCAUCAAGAUCAUCAUCAUCAUCAUCAUCAUCAUCAUCAUCAUCACUUCAAUUUAAAAAAACUCUUAAACAUCUCUGUGCAUCCUGGACACUGGAACAUGGGACUGUAUAAGUGCUGAUGGUCUUUGUCUGAGUGUUUUAUUUGUGAAUCAGGUUCCGAGUAUGAAAUGAUUUUGUCCAAGCCUCUAGCGGGCAGCGAUGACGGAAUGAAGGAAAGGUGCAGAAUGUGAGAAUCCGAACAAAUGCCAUGUAUCCUUCUGUUAACGCACAAUAACACACACACACUGGUUAAACUAGAACGUAUUAGCCGAGUGUGUUCCGGGGUCAAAAUGGGUGGAGUUUAGAAAUGUGAUCAGUUUCAUUUAGAAUUUGCACAGUACGAUACUUUAGCAGCUUCACCUUCAUUCAGACUAAUGCUAACAUAACUAACAUUAACAUCGUGACCUCAGCUAGUUACAUUUUCUAUUAAACUAUAAGGUUAUUUAACUGUGUAAAUUAAAUCAGUAGCAAAGUUUCUCAGUAAGCUAACUAAUAGUCAGCUAAGUAUUACUACUGUAAUACUAAGUAAAAAGGGGCUGUGGAUAAAAAAAAUUCAGAAAUACUGAAUUUUAAAAUGCAUACAAGGCAUGCUAAAUGAACUGACUAGCAACGUUAGCCAUAGCUAAAUAUUAGCUACCUGUUCAGAUUGUUUUGUGUUCCUCUCUAAUCCUCACUCAUGCUAUUACACUAAGACUAUUACACUGUUACAAUCCAGCCUGUGAUUGGCAGAUCAAAAUCAAUUUAAGCCCCACCCCGUUAGUCAACCUAGCAGGAUUAGGGUAUCUUUAUGCACACUACACGUCACAUCGACUACGUACACACUUGAUAUCUACAGCAUAGUCACUUGAUAUACACUACAUAGACACUUGGCAGACUUCUGUGUUAUCAUUAGCCUUAAUGCAGAAGCCACAACAGCGUGGUAUUAGCAUGUUAGCAUGUUAACACACUCCUGACCUUAUUUUAGUUCCGUUGCUACAUCACAACUACGAGCUACACAACUUCACUGAAGGCUAAAAGUCUAGCUGUAGCUAAAAUCGUAAAGGGUUUAAUGACCUUUUUCCAGUAUGUAGCUUAAAAAGCUUGUUUUAAUCUCAAAAUGGCUAAAAAACUUCAGCCAAACUUUUUAACUCACAAAUCAAAAUCAGACCACAAGCUCAUUAGCAAACUAGUCAAUAUUAGGCUAACUAGUUCACUGUCUUCUUUUCACAAUGAAGCUAGCAUAAAUGAUGCUAAUUAUUCUAAUUUCUUGAAAAACUCAAAUAAACAAACAGGAGUAAAUGAUUUAAAUGGAUUGAGCAUGUUAUUAUUUAAGUGUGGCUCUUUAAGUAAACAUUAUGGCCAUGGUUCUGAGGUAAGGGAACUAAAAUGAUCAUCAGCAGCUUUGUUUCUGGACGUUUCUCACAUUUAUCUCUCGCACUGCAGAAAGUUUGCACACUCUUGAAUCUGCAUGUUAGUUUAUUCCUCUCUUUUAUUUUGAAUGAUUUGUUCAUGUAUUGUUCAUGUUUUUGUAUUCAUUGUAAUGAAGAUUUAAAGGGAUCAAAACUGCUCGGAGUCGUGAUGUGUUGUCAGCUGGCAUAACCAUGGCAACAGCACGUCUCUCCUUAAGAGACGAAUGAAGGAAAAGUGGAUCGCACUGAACUCUGUGAUGUGACACGGCACUCGGGAGCAAAGGAGGAAGCACAAGUGUGUGUGUGUGUGUAUGUGUGUGUUGAUUAGAGAUUUAGAGUUAUAGUCAGAGUUUAUUAGCUUGUAGUGACUAUGCAUUAAAGGUGAAAAACACCACAGAAUGUUUUUAUACAUGCAUGCUGAGUUAUUUAUUAAACUUCUGAAAGAAGAUGGAAA